UAUGGCAUUCUGCAUUGUUUUACUUUUGAACAGUUUGCUUGAUCUAUUUGAAAAGGAGUCAGCACAGGUACUGAAUGGUAGCAGCAUUUCAUUGUUACAUACGUGUAUGCUGCCUGGACUCCACUUGGGGCGUUAUUUGGUUUAUUGCAGGGGGUGGGCGUCUGAUAUUUAAAACCAUUAAGGUUUAAGCUAAGAAAAAAAACUUUAACCCUAUAUUUUAUUUGGAGUGCAUAAUAUUUCCCACCCAGUGUGACGUGCCCUUUUCUUUCAUUUGUACCAGGUUUCCAACAGUUUAACAGUCGCUGUGCAAGCUCUGAAUACAACUGCCCCACCCGCCUCCAUAUGGUUCUCCUGUACAGUGCUUGUAGCUGAUAGUGGAUUCAGUCUGCCGUUUGCAUUCAUCUGAUUCAUCGGAAGGGCAUCGCAUCGCUGACGUUCUGCGACCCCCACCCUUUUGCUUGGAUGCUGCGUGCUUCCCCCACGGAGGCUGCCAUGUGGAGGAGCGGCAGGAUGACUCCCUGUGUUGCCGCCUGGCUCCCUAAUUGUUAAUGGCAUUCUGGAGCCCCGGGGUGGUAGGGGCUUAACGAACCAGGGUACUGCUGCAAGGGUAAAUGAAGGAAUCGCUGACUGCGCCUCUCUCCAUGAUCCAGACUCCCAUUUUCUGCGGAUUGCUGCAAGACUUGAGGUUUGCCUCUGUGCUUGGGUGUGUUUUUUAACUGGCUGUUCGUUUUGGAGGACGAAGAAAGAUCACAGAAUCGUUGCGCUGGUACUGAACGCUGCUUACUAGAAGCAGGAGAUAGUGGGACUUUUCUUGUGGAUUAAAAUAAAAGAAGGAAAACAUGACGUCGCCUGCUAAAUUCAAAAAAGAUAAAGAGAUCAUUGCAGAAUAUGAGACCCAAGUCAAAGAAAUCCGUGCCCAACUGGUUGAGCAGUUUAAAUGUCUGGAUCAGCAGUCUGAGCUCAGAAACCAGCUCCUACAGGACUUCCAAGAUUUCUUCAGGAAAAAAGCAGAGAUUGAGGUGGAGUAUUCUCGAAAUCUUGAGAAGCUGGGAGAGCGGUUCUUAGCCAAAACAAGGAACACCAAAGACCCACAUUAUAAAAAGGAUCACAACGUCUUGUCACUGGUGAACUGCUGGAAUCUCUUGUUGAACCAGGUAAAGCGAGAAAGUAAAGACCAUGCCACACUGAGUGAUAUCUAUCUGAAUAAUAUCAUUCCUCGAUUUACACACAUCAGUGAGGACUCGGGACGCCUGUUUAAAAAGAGCAAGGAAGUUGGACUUCAGUUGCAGGAAGAUUUGAUGAAGGUCCUGAAUGAGCUUUACACGGUGAUGAAGACGUACCACAUGUAUAAUGCGGACAGUAUAACUGCAGAAAGCAAAUUAAAAGAAGCUGAGAAGCAGGAGGAAAAGCAGAUAGGGCGCUCUGUCAAGCAAGAGGACAAGCAGACCCCUCGCUCACCAGAUUCACCUGCAAACCUUAAACUUGAGGAGAAGCAUGUGAGGCGUAGCUCUGUCAAGAAGAUUGAGAAAAUGAAAGAGAAGCGUCAGGCAAAGUAUACAGAAAACAAACUGAAAGCUAUCAAGGCAAGAAAUGACUACUUGUUGGUCCUUGAGGCAACAAAUGCAUCUGUAUUUAAGUACUACAUCCACGACGUGUCUGACCUGAUUGAUUGCUGUGACCUGGGAUACCAUGCCAGCCUGAACAGAGCUCUCAGAACCUUUCUCUCUGCUGAAUUCAAUGUAGAACAGUCGAAACAUGAGGGUCUAGAGGCAAUAGAGAAUGCAGUGGAAAACCUAGAUGCGAACAGUGACAAGCAGCGUGUCAUGGAGACUUACAAUAACGUCUUUUGCCCACCAAUGAAGUUUGAAUUCCAGCCACACAUGGGGGAUCCAACAAUGCAGAUCUACGCACAGCCUCCUGUGUACGGUGAGCUCCUAAUGCGAUGUCAACAACUCCAGUGUCGGCUGUCCACACUACAGAUCGAAAAUGACGAAUUGAAGAAGACAAUGGAGGCUACUCUUCAGACAAUUCAAGACAUUGUCACAAUUGAGGACUACGAUGUAUCCGAUUGCUUCCAGCACAGCAACUCUAUGGAGUCUGUCAAGUCUACCAUAUCGGAGACCUUUAUGAGUAAGCCAAGCAUUGCCAAGAGACGGGCCAAUCAGCAAGAGACAGAACAGUUUUAUUUCAUGAAAAUCAAGGAGUUCCUGGAAGGAAGAACACUAAUCACAAAACUUCAGGCAAAACAUGACCUUCUGCAGAAGACUCUGGGAGAAAGUCAGAAAACAGAAUGUUCAGUUGCCAGCAGGAGAAGUUCUACUGUUAGAAAACAGGAUUCUGGCCAAACUAUUCCUUUAAUUGUUGAAAGUUGCAUCCGGUUUAUUAGCCGUCAUGGAAUGCAACAUGAGGGCAUUUUCCGAGUGUCUGGUUCACAGGUUGAAGUGAAUGAUAUCAAAAAUGCAUUUGAAAGGGGAGAAGACCCACUGGCCGGAGAUCAGAAUGAUCAUGACAUGGAUUCCAUAGCUGGUGUUCUGAAGCUCUACUUCCGUGGUUUAGAACGCCCCCUUUUUCCAAAGGAAAUCUUUCAUGACCUUGUUGUGGGGGUCGCAAUGGAUUGCCUCCUGGAGAGAGCUCUUCACAUUCGGAAAGUCCUCCUGACAUUGCCUAAGACCACCUUAGUUUUGAUGAGAUACCUAUUUGCCUUCCUAAGUCACUUAUCCCAGUUCUGUGAAGAGAAUAUGAUGGAUCCCUAUAAUUUGGCCAUCUGUUUCGGGCCCACUUUGAUGUCUGUUCCUGAUGAACACGACCAGGUCUCAUGUCAGACUCAUGUUAACGAACUGAUAAAAACUAUCAUCAUUCACCAUGAAACCAUCUUCCCAGGACCAGAAGAGCUGGAGGGGCCUGUUUAUGUUAGAAGCAUUCAAGUGGAAGACUUCUGUGAGACUUCUCAGGCAGACUUGCAAAUGGGAGACGAUUCUACGCUCGAUAUUAGUGCUGACCAUCCAGCGAGUGAAGACGAGUGUGAACCAAUAGAAGCAACAGCAAAAUUUGACUAUGGAGGAAGAACUGCCCGGGAACUGUCGUUUAAGAAAGGAGCGUCUCUGCUGCUUUACCAUCGAGCAUCAGAUGAGUGGUGGGAAGGUCGCCAUAAUGGAAGUGAAGGUCUCAUACCUCAUCAGUACAUAGUCGUCCAAGAUGUGGAUGAAGGACUUGUUGAUAAGUCUAGCUCCAAGCCUGAUGUUGAAGUCAGUUGUGAGCCACCUCCUGAGGAGAAAGUGACAAGGUCCAGUGUGAACUCGCCAACUGGAAGUCAUGUUGCUGACAUUUAUCUGGCAAAUAUUAACAAGCAGCGCACAAGGCCGGAACCCAGCAGCAUUCGUAGAACCUUCAGGCCAAGUGAAGGCCACAUCAGUCAUGGGCUUCCUGGAUCUCCUGCAGACCAUUUGGCUCCAGGGCCACUUCCGAGUGCCAGAUUAUCUCUACAGCCCACACCAAGCCAGAACCUUGCCAAGGACAUGCUGGAGAAACGCCCUGUGAGUGCCCAUGGGAGCCUUAGUGCCGUCACUCGGCACUCAUCCAUGAAAAAUCGGAUGGAUAGUCCACAGAUGCGGAAGGCAGUAACUGCAGGAAGAUCCAAAAGCUUCAAUAACCACCGGCCUCUGGAUCCUGAAGUCAUUGCCCAGGACAUUGAAGCUACAAUGAAUACAGCAUUGAAUGAACUGAAGGAGCUGGAAAGGCAGAGUACAGCCAAGCAUGCACCAGAUGUAGUCCUGGACACCUUAGAAACCAAGAAGCCAUCUCCAGUCGUAGCACCUACAUCCGAGCCUUCCAGCCCACUGCACUCUCAGAUUACAAAAGAGGCUGAGCCCCCACUCCAGCGUAGUUCUAGCACUGCAAGUGAUAUCCCAUGCACAUUUAGGCCUAUUAAACCCAUCAAAAUGUCCAAACCUCCAGCAACAAGGCCAAAACCUUUAACAUUCCCCAAAACAACAACUUCUAGUCCUGGUGUGAAUUCUCCAACUUCUCAACAACCUACUGAUAAGUCAUGCCCUGUGUGAUGGCCACAGAAAAAAAGACCAUUUGUCGUUUCUGUCAUUUCAACUGACAAGGCAGCAUUGGCUUAAUGUAAAGAGUUAACAGUUCCAAGAUGGAUUCUGGUUUUACCAAGUUAUCCAUAUUUAAAAUGAACAUAUUUAAAAUUUACAGACCUAUUUUUGUGAUUUAUUUAGUCGGACUUGUAUAUGGGAUUCCUGUAGUUACAUGCACAGUCGGUGCUUGUACUGAAGGAACUGUUUCUUCAGUAGAUUUAGCAAAAUAAACAUUUUCCAGUAUAUGUGCAUGUGAAAAUGCAAAAAGUACAGUAAUAUUCCUGAUACAACAGUUACAAUAUUAAGCAUACAAAUAUGACACUCACUACUUCUGUUAAUACAUUUGCACCAAAGGUUCUUCCUCUAUCUGACUGUAACAAAUAAGGUAAAAAGCUUGACUGUCUUGUCUUCAAAAAAGUUAGCUGAUGCCUGUCCAAUCAAAGCAAGGUUAUCUUGAGGAGAAACCACCUUUAUCUGUACAACAUACAGCAGCAACAAUGAGAGGGACAUUCGGAAGUUUUGUAAGACGAGCUUAGAAUUUUGAAAAGCUUUUGUGGUGGGACUUGCUUUCUGUUUGCUUUAUCAUCUCUCCAGGCUCUCUAAGAACAGUAUGCCUCUCUAGCAUUUUGAAAGCAAAUAUGAUCUUCAUUUUCACAUGCUAGUUUUAUAGCUGUACUGUUUCCAUGUACGUCACAAGCAUUUGCAUUUGUAAUGAAUCCCUGCGAGCUACUGAAAAGAAAUGCAGAGCUCACUGCUUCUUUUACACAGGAAAGAACAUCAUCACCAUGAGACUGCUACACAAUAGAAUCUUUGCUUAUGGCGCCUAGAUGGACGCAUUACUGCUUCACUGUACUCCUUUCCAAAUUGAAGGGGAGCAUUCUUUUCUGCAAUAUCAGGAGGUGGAGCUACUUUCAUUACUGAAGCAGUCAUAAAAUCGUUGGUAUGAUUUGUUCAUAAAGCAAAAAGUGAGGAAUCAAAAAUGAAAACGUAUUUGCACCCUCUUUUUUGAAAAUCAGAUGUACCUGGAAUUUAGAUGUACACUGUGAUAUUCAGUCUGAUCAUGUGAUCAUACCUCAUCAGAAUAACUAGGUUGAGCAACGUGGCAUUGUGUGUGUGUGUGUGAAGAUGUAAAGUGCAACCUGAGAUAUAAUCCUUGGGAAAUAAAAUACUGUAAGAAGGACAUUUCACAUUUCAGUGCUAGUUAGAGGUUCGAGUGCCAUACAUUCCAGGUGGACCAUGUGUUUUGGAAAAUUCUGAUGCCUCAUUAUGGUCAGUGCCAUUUCUGGAGACAGAACCACAGGAGACAUUGGUAAAAAAUGAAACUUGUGGAGGCAAGUAUCCUCCAAGCCAUGUUACCUAAAACUUGAUCUUCCAGGGAACAUAAUGACCAUUAAAAUACCUGCAUUAUUGGACUUGUAUGUAAUGUAAUGUAUUUGUAAAAUGAAUGGUGUAUACUUUACUUGUGUCCUGAUAACUGGAAUCAGGUGCGAAUGUUUGAAACCUUUGCGUGUGUGCUUGGAAGUAAAGUCUGUGAGUUGUUUAAUUUGUCUUUUAACCAAAUGUUUGACUGAAGAUAUUCAGAUCACUGAAUGUCAAAAUAAAGUGUUCUGGACUUGUAGGACAAAUAAUGCUGCCAGAGUUUUAGCCCAGUUUUGACUUUAGCUUCAGAUCAUCUAUCCAUUAAAAGGUUUGCUCAUUUUUAUGUUGUCAUUGUUCCAUGUAGGUUUUAAGUGAAGAUAUGCCAUUGAUACAGUGUCUUAAAUAAGGUGGCACAAAUAUCUGGGGCGUAGUGUUUAUGCUGUUUGUAUACAGUCUUCCCAUUUGUCAGAAACACACUCCGGCAUGUGGUAACAUAUAGCUGUAUUGUAAUGUUUCUGAUCUUUCCAGGGAGAAGUGUGUGCUACUGCAACCACCUCCCCCCAUACACACGUGCUUCAGGAUAGGGCACUGUUAGUGUAUGGCAGUAGUGCAUCAUGAGAUUACUGCACCAUAAAAUAUUUGCUAAUGGCUCCUAGAAGGAUGCUGAUGUAAACUGUGUUGUCACUGUUAUUACACACAAAAUUUGUACAAACGGAAUUCCCUGUGCAUCAAAAACUGUAUUAAUGUAGAAACCAACUUUGGGGUCUUAACAGUGAAAUGGAAUCCAGAAAGUUGUGAACUAGUCAGACUUGAUAUAAACAAAAGUAAUUGUGAAUGAACAGCAAAAGUUGUAGCACAUCAGUUGUAUAAUUUGUGCAAGCAGUUUGUAAAUUUGACUGCUUUAUCAUGCAGUUUUGCCAGUUCUAAACCACGUUAAGGGGUCACAAAAUACAAACUUUAACCUAAUAGAACCAGAGUAAAGCAUUCACAGCUGGUGGCAUAUUCUCAUUUGCUCUUACAGAGUGGUUUGAGUACUGCUUUAUAAUUACCAGUCUUUGGUUUAGCAUUGUGAGACAGAAGUGUCUUUCUGGCUGUGCCCUAACGUUUAUUUGUCAGUGAGACAAAAACACUACUAUAACUGUUAGAUCCAUUAGCGGUCUGGUUACUAGUGGGGCCCUGGUUUAUUUACAUAUCUUUUCCACAGCUUAAUUUAAGCACUUUGAUUCCCUAAACAAAUUGCAAACAAUUACCACAUAAAACAUGUUUUUCAUAUUUUGGAAUUCAAAGGGUCCAUGUUGCAAUUUUUCUGUAUUGUAUGGUGCUGGUAUUCUAGCAAUAUCAUGUUAUAUGGGUAUCAUGACAUCUGGUGCAGAUGGUGAAUGGGAAGUCUUUAUAAAAUGCUUCCUUUUAAAUAGAGUAUGUAUGUGUGUGUGACUAAACCUGUGUAAAAAUUAAAAAAAAAUGUAUAUAAAACCAGUAAGCAAUACUGA